GCAAAAGAAUCCCCAGCGGUCUAUCAGCACGUGCGGCAUGUUUGCAUCUGCAUCAUUAGCCGCUGAGGGCCUCACAGGUGCGCAGACAUCAAAUGAGAUCUCAUGAUGCCUGCACGCCCUGACGCAGCUGACCUCCACGGUGCUUUGCUGUAUGUGGUGUGGUGUGGUAUAGAGGAGGUCACUCAUCCGCAGCGUCGUGCAAUGGACCACGACGAUCGCGAUGACCGCGGGGCUCGUCCACAGGUCAGCCAAUCAGUCAUCAUCAUGACACUCACGGUUCUCCAAUUCCCUGCUGCAUCUGUGUGGUCUUGGUGGUGUAACAGUCGGCGGCAAGUGUGGAUGAUGCCCUUGAUCAGCUUGGGAAGGAGAAGCACCGCAUCGACACACUCUACCGCACCAUACAAUCACAAGUGAGUUGAGUAAGUGAGGGUAGACCUGGCCGUGAUAGGCGCGUGAUGGCAUGUGUGUAUCGUGAUGUUUGUGUGUUGUCAGUUGGCGGCUCAGCGUGCCUCCCUGACGGCCGGCGAUGUGGGUGAGGUGCUGGGCCACAUCACGCGAGGCGGUGAUUGUCUGAAGGAGGCCGCCGAAUAUCUGAGCGGGCUGACUGACACUGACGCACAAGGCGGAGUGACAGAGGUGCGUGAAGACGAGUGGUCUCCAUCGACCACACACACGUCAAUGUGUGUGUGUGUGUUUGUGUUGUGUGUGCAUCGAUCAGGGUGACGGCAGUGGGCGUACAGCAGUGGCGGCCGUCGAGGGGCCUCACAAUGCAGCUCAUGGAGCGUCCAUGGCGGUAUGUGUGUGCAUCGAGGCCAGCGGCUUGGAAUGAGUUCCGUUUAUCAGAUGCUCGCUCUGUGUGAUUGAUCAGGUAGCAGUUGUGUCGGAUAGCAAGCGGGCCCGAUUGGAUGGUCACUCAGACCAUCCUGCUGCUGCUGCUGCAAGUGGAGGUGGGGGGCGACACAGAGCAUGGACCACACAGAUCAGACGCACUCAAUGCCCUCUCUGUUUGAUUCUUGUCAGGUGGUGUGUCGGGCGUCUCUGAGCAAGAUGAGCAAAGCCAAAACGAGCAGCACCACAACCACCAGCAGCAGGUCAGGCAGACAGCACACGGGGCCGGCCCAGGCAGCAACCAAUGAACGGCAGGCUCGUUGACGGCCUUAUGUUUUCUGUCCAUCUUUGUGUGUACGUGUGUGUCAGGUUGUGUGUGGGGCGUGUUUGUGUAGCCUUGAGGGCCCGUUGGUGUGCGAGAUGGCCUAUUUCCUCACCACCAUCGAGGCCACCGUCCUCUGUCUUCUCAACAAGGACAUUAACAGCAAGGCCGACUACACCGCCAACACGUCCACCACCACCGAGGGCAAGACCGACGACGCUCCAUUCGGCAUAUACCGCAACCUGACAAUCGCAAAGGAGGAGUGCGAGACGUGGGCGAACCUCAACCAGCCCACACGCGCACGCCUGCAGAACAAACUGGUGAGGCACAGUGUGCGGUCAUUGUGUCGCCUCACAUUCACCCGUUUGUCUGUCGAUGUGGUGUCUGUGUGGUCGUUCAGGGCAACGUCACGACGGCUCGCAUCGCGUGGCCCAUCGACGACCUCCCCCGGCGCGGGCGGUCCUCAGGCAGGAGCGGCGGGCGGCUGGUGGUCGGGUGUCUGGCGGCAUCAAAGUCGUCCCUGGAGGAAUUGCACAUCACAGGAUCGGGGCGUUACGGCAGCAACCCCGAUCGGCUGCCUGAUGUCGUGUUCCCCAAGCUGAGGCUGCUCGACACAUCAUUCGGAUGCCGCAGCUACUUCAGGUGAGAGGGAGUAGGGCUGAUGAUCGAUUUGAAAUGUCCGUCGGGACGUUCUGUCCAUCUCGCCAUCUGUCUGCUUUGCCUAUCCGUCACUCAGGGAGUCAAACUGGACCUUUCCGAGCCUCGUCGACUUGCGGGUCAGCACCACGACGGACAGAUCCCUUCCCGACGUCACCCACAUCGUGCGGUCGGCCCCCCAGCUGCGCACACUCACAACGGCCAACAACAGCUGGGACAAGAUCGACGGCAGGGGCAGCGACUGGUGUGAGUUCGCCAGUGCCCUUGGGCAGUGCCCUCACUUGACGACCAUCCGCGGGCUGGCCAUCGGGGGCAUCCGCGGGCUGCCUGAUUUGCAGAAGGCCCUCGACACCCACUGGGGCAAAGAGGAGAACCGAGGUAGGCAGGUGGGCUCAGAUGGGCAGACAGCCAGCCAGGCAAUGCACGUCCUGCGCUCCUCUUCCUGCUUUCAUGUUGCAUCCCUGCCUCCCAUCGUGUAGGUGUCAAGAAGACCAUCGAGUUCCAGUACGACAACCCCACCAUCAGCUGCACCUUCGGCGACGAAACCCGUCCCCUGCACACCUUCCUCACAUGGGCGCGACGAGUCGGCGUGUCCAUCGAGUGGCGGCACGGCGGGAACGGCACGGUGGGCUGCAUCAGGAUGGAUUGCAGCAAGGGUGCGUCGAGCUCUAUGGCCCCUCCUGCCGUGCGUGGCCCCGUGGCUGACGUGGUCAAGCAGAUGGCGUCCCAGACAGAGAUAGUAAGUCGGAUGACAGUGAGUAGCAUCCUUCCACCCAUCUAUCUAUCGUGUUGUACACGCCAUGGCUGCCUGUGUGCCUCAGGUGGACUUGUAUUUGGGCGGGAGCCGACUCCACGACUCAUGGAAGGACCUCCUCCAUUUUCCUGCCGCAGACAUGCUCUCAAUCGUGGACACCGCAGACCCGCAGGAGGUCAUCGAGAGCAUCCCCAAAUGGCUGCUGGAGGUCGAUGAGGCCGGCAACAACGUGCGCUUACCCAAGAUAGACUACCUCGAUACCUCGAUGGGGUUUGUGGGCGAUGAGGAUGCCCCGCCUGCAGAGGCCUGGCACUUGCCGGCCGCCCCCAACGCACUCACUACACUGCUAGGCAGCCUGCGGAUGGUCACCUCAGUCUGCUUCAACACGUCUAGUUUGUCCGCCGUGUGUGAGAGCCUGCCACACAUAAGCGUCGACAAACUAGAUACGUUGGAGGUCCGUGUGGGCUCGCAUCUCACUGCACUGCCUGCCCCCACCCCCCAGUACACACUGCCGUCUGUGCACCGCCUUGUCGUCUCGACAAAUAAUGACGUGGUGUGGCCUGCAAUGAGCAAGGCAGCUGCGUUGUCGUGUAUGCGUUUUGCCUCACUCACUCAUGCACACAAGGCAGAGUUUGAGUUUCACAUAGCGUCAGACCAGUUUGACUUCUACCGGGACUAUGGGGAGCUAGAGGGAGGGGCGGGAGAUGAAGAUGAGGAUGACGAUGAGGAUGCUGCAUGGGAGCGAGAGAUGGAGCUGCGCCGGGCCAUGGAGCAGCAUGGCAAGGGUUGCAUGCGCGCGUUGGCCACUGAGUGCUAUGAGGUAGUCAAGGGAGGAUACCAGCUGACUGACGUAGACGUCGGCUGUGACGUGGAAUACAGCGAGACCACGAUGCAGCUGGUGUCCUACGGCCGUUUGCAGCUGAAGGUGUUAGCCAAGGGUGCCAUAGCAGGGGGCGAGGACAGAGGGGUCAUGACCGACUAACUCGGUCCACGCUCACUGACUGACUGGCUGACUGGCUGACUGACUCACUCACUCGCUGCUGACUUCUACUACAGACUCACUCAUGUGGAUCUGUCUGGCUGUGGAUGAAAUGUCCGUGUGCAUGCAAUGUGCACUCGAGUGGAAUCUGUGCAUGCGAGGUGUGUGGUUGCUCGGCUGCAAUGAUGAAUGGACCUCUCUCGCAGUGGCGUGCGCGCACGUACUCCGUCGUUUGUUGAUGGACUGUUCAUAGGCCUGUGUGACGAUGGCCAUUGGCGGCUCCCACGCACUCACACACGUCUGAUUUAUUGUCCUACC